AUGGCGGCGCCCGGCCCGAUCGACGCGCUCGGCCGGCUCGGCUACUCCUGCCUAUCAGACGGCUUGCCCGGCGCGGUGACGUCACGCAGCCCGGAGCGGCUACAAAUGCGUGAUGACGUCAUGCGCUGUCUCUUUUGGCGCUGUGCGCUGCAAGGUGAGGGCUGGCGCGCCCCGCCCGCGCGCGGGCAGCCCCCCGGGGCGGCGCCGCACGCGUUCUGCUUCCAAUCUCCGCUGUGUCCUGUGCCCCAGGGCUUUCGCUACAAGAUGAGGUCGGUGUACGCUCACUUCCCCAUCAACGUGGUCAUCCAGGACAACGGCUCACUGGUGGAGAUCCGGAACUUCCUGGGCGAGAAGUACAUCCGCAGAGUGAGGAUGAGGCCAGGUGUUACCUGUGCAGUAUCUCAAGCCCAGAAAGAUGAGCUGAUCCUUGAAGGCAAUGACAUUGAGCUGGUCUCCAAUUCAGCUGCUUUGAUCCAGCAAGCCACCACAGUCAAGAACAAGGAUAUCAGGAAAUUUUUGGAUGGUAUCUAUGUUUCUGAGAAGGGAACAGUGCAGCAGGCAGAUGAGUAAAACUCACAGCUGUCUGGAUCCCAGCAGUAUUUUACCAUGAGACAUUGUCCAGCAAUCCCAGCUGUGAACAAGGUGAUAACAUUAGAUGUCAGUAAAAUAAACUAUAUUUCAUAUCUUGA